AAGUUGUAGGCAAAUUAACGCAAAAUAAGUUGUAGGCAAAUUAACACUGCGUUAGGCUCGACGGACUUUAAGUUUAUGUGGAUUGUGCUUUGUUGGCGUGCGUUUAGUUGGCGUUAAAUUGCUCCGGGUUCACCAUGGCAAACAAAGCAUCAAAAGACGGCGUAAAUUUCCAACAACACCUUUACUAUUAUCUGAUGGGACUGUGCCACAAUCAGCGAAUUGGUUUUUCGAUACUUUACGAAGGCAACGAUCGUACUUACGGGGCCUUCGACGAUGUCAUUCUCAAAACACACGAUCGGCAACCGGCAUUAUAUUUCCUACAAGCAAAACAAGCCAAAAGUGAGUUAAAACAAAUCUCUAUCGAAGAUUUGUUCGAUAUGAAGAACGGCAUUGCGAAAUACAUCGGAUCGUAUAAGAUGUACUUGGCAUCAGAUAAAUGCACAGGAGAUGGCAUUCCGGAUGAGAUAAUCUACUGGACGUCUAUGGAAUUCUACAAGGCCACCAAAGAAACGUUCAUGCAACCAUGUGAAAAUAUUCUUCCACAUUUAGGAUCGUUGAAUGAUUCUAUCGUAAAAUAUCGGUUCACAGAUUGGAAAAUGUUAUUGCUAUUUGAUAUUGCGUGGAAGUGGGCAAAAAUCUGCACCAAACCCAACGUGCCCAUGGCGGAAUACAUCUGUGAAUCCGUUGCAUAUGCUCUUUCUAAGGAAGUGUUACAAAAAGUGGAAAACACUGAUAAACUAAAAUUUCGCGAUGAGUUCCUUCGCGGGAAUUCCGAAUUUCUUUCAUCAGUUUCAUCUAAUACGCGUUCUUUUCGAGAACACUUUAAGACCGCUUGCCAGCUACACCAGAGGAAGGAAAAAUUUGACAUAGAAUGCUUUACUGAAAUACAAUUCGAAGCUAGCGCGUUUGGAUUGGUGCCAAGUGAAGUGAACGCAGAUUCUGUUCAAUUUGAGUACAAAGGAUUGAAGGAAAAAGAUUUGGAAUGUUUUUUCAACUUGUUUAGAUACUAUACAAAUGUUCCGAAAGGCGAAGAUAUGUUAAAAAUAUUGAACAUAUUAUACGACGGAAAUUUCGACGAAAACCUGUUCGAGAAGCACUUGGUGCCUAGACAGGAAACGAGCAACAAACAAGAAAGUGAACAUUACAUUAAACAGUGUGACUUGAAUUCAGUACUAGCGAUAGUAACAUUGAAACGCCAAUUCGUAGCACCAAGAGUAACAAAUGUUGAGUUCAGCGAUGAAAGCUUAGCAGAGUUGCGUAAAACAUUGCAAGACCACGUAAAGAGACCAUUCAAUUUAGAGAUCGUAGCCCCGAACGUUGUGGAUUGGACAGCUUAUCGUGUUGAAAAAGAACUGUUAAAAAUAACAACAUGUAUUGUUGUGAGAGAGAAAGAUUUGAUAAUGUUGUCAGAUGAAUUGAGUCGUCUACCAGAGAAAUUAAUCAAUUGUGAACUGCACACCAUUGUAGUGUUGGGCGUAGAGAAAUCUGACAAGCAACGAGUACUAGAUUUACUAAAAAAAGAAAUCAACUAA